AUGGGUAAUGAGCAUGAAUGUGAGAGAAGUUUUAUCACUCUUGCUUCUUCAUACGCUCUCAAAAUUGGUUCACUUUGUCAUGGCUCUUUGCGUCUUCGCUUCGCUUCCAUCUUCGUUGCUUCACUCUUCAAUCCUUCGAUCCAAAAAUCUUCUUUUCUACUUCAAACCCAUCUCCUGAAAACCCAAUGCCACAGCCCGGAGCCUCCCAUCUCAUCUUCUUCUUCUUCUUCUUCUUCUUCUUCUUCUUCUUCUUUAAUCCUGCACUCUUGCGAAGAGCUCCAAGCUCUGAAAAAGGCCCACGCCUUGCUUGUGGUUUCAAACAGUUUCAGACCCGUUUCCAUUGCUUCAAAGCUCAUCUCUCUGUAUGCACGCUUUGGUGACCUGGAGAGUGCUCUUGCAGUAUUUGAGGCAGUCGAAGAACCCAGUAUCAUCGUCUGGAAUUCAAUCGUCAAGGCCCAUGUUGAUUGGGGUGCAGGCGAUUCGGCCUUUUGGCUUUAUCGGCGAAUGCGAAAGUUGGGCGUUGAACAUGACGGUUUCACUCUCCCAAUAUUGAACAAGGCGAUUUUGUUGCUUCAGAAUGGUAUUCUGUACAGAGGAAUUGUUCAUUGUUUGGGAAUUAAGAUGGGUUUUGAAUCGGAUGUCUGUUUUAGCAAUACAAUAAUGGAUGUUUACGCGAAAUGGGGGUACACCGGCUCUGCCUGUCAACUGUUCGAGGAAAUGUCUCACAGGGAUUUGGUGUCUUGGACGUCCAUGAUUUCAGGUUAUGUUUAUGUAGAAAAUAUGAUUGGUGCUUUCAAAUUGUUCCAUAAGAUGCGGUUUGAGUUGGAACCCGGUCCAGUGACGAUGUUGGUUCUCUUUCAAGCUUGUUGUUCCUCUGGAAGCCUGGUUGAAGGAAGGCAAUUGCAUGGUUUUGUGAUUCGAGUUGGGUUCCUGAUUCACGGGUCUCUGCGAAACUCCAUUUUGAAAAUGUAUGCUAAUAUCGGUACAGUUGACGAGGCAGAGAACUUUUUCAGUGAAAUUCAUACAAUGGACGUUGUUUCCUGGAACAUUUUGAUUGCUUCAUACAUUUCAAGAGAGGAUGUUGAGGAAAUUGCUGGGUACUUCAACAGGAUGCAGGGUGAAGUGAGGCCUAGCAUUGAGACAUUGACCUUAGUUAUUUCAGCUUCUGCAAAGAGUGGGGAUCUCUCUCAAGGUGAAAGAAUACAUGGCUUUGCUAUUAAAACUGGACUCUUUGACAGUGUUCUGCAAACUUCGUUGCUGGAUUUUUAUGCCAAGUCUGGGGACUUGGAGAAAUCAGCUCGAAUGUUCUUUGAAAUUCCCUUCAAGAACAGCGUUACACGCAAUGCUAUGAUGUCGGGUUAUAUUGCUGGUGGCCAUUUUAAAGAGGCCAUUGAAUUGUUCCGGCAAAUGCAAGAUGUGGGGCUGGAACUGGGAGCUGACAUAUUAAGUAACCUUGUUGUUAUGUAUGCUCAUAUGGGUGCCCUACAACUCGGCAAGGGAAUACAUGCUUACUUCUUAAAGAAUCUCUUCUCCAUAUCUGAGGAAGAUUAUGCUGCCUUAGAAACCUCUAUCCUAAACAUGUACAUAAGAUGUGGAAGCAUUUCAUCUGCUAGAAUCUGUUUCAGCAGAAUAGCGGCUGCAGAUCUUGUGACAUGGACAUCGAUGAUUGAAGGCUUCGGUUCCCAUGGCCUCGGUGCUGAAGCCUUGCAACUCUUCCAUCAGAUGGUGGGGGAAGGAUUGGAGCCGAACAGCGUCACCUUCUUAAGCUUACUAUCAGCUUGCAGCCACUCUGGCCUUCUGAAUGAAGGGUGUGGAGUCUUUCACUGGAUGAAAUGGAGGUUCAGCAUUGAACCUGAUCUGAAUCACUACACUUGCAUUGUGGAUCUGUUGUGUCGAUCUGGGAAGCUCAAAGAGGCGUUCGCUAUGAUUCUGAGAUUGGUCUCGUCUCCAGAUGGUAGGAUCUGGGCUGCCCUCCUUUCGGCGUGUCGAGUAUAUGGGAACCAAAAACUUGGGGAAUUUGCGGCUCACAGGCUCUUGAAGUUGGAAACUGAUAAUGCUGGAUAUUAUACUUUGCUCAGUAAUCUUCAAGCUAUUGCUGAUAGAUGGACUGAAGUUGAAGAUAUAAGGAGAUGUAUGAAGGAGAAUGAUUUGGUGAAGAAGCCGGGAUGGAGCUGCAUUGAAGCCAAAGGAUCUGUUCAUGGUUUUGUUUCUGGAGAUAGAUCACACCCUCAAAUGGUUGAAAUAUAUGAGGUUGUUGAAGUUUUGAGUAGAAAAAUACAUGAAUUUGGGCAUGCAUUGGAUAGUUGAUUUAAUGAUUUAUUUCAAUUCAUUCAUAUAUUCAUUUUCUCUCUUCAAAAUUGCUUGU